CGACUCUCAUCAAGAACAUGUUACUGAAACGACAUUGUUCUUGUCCUCACCGGUUAACUACCCUUUCCCGCGACCAACCCAUUUAUUCCCACUCCAACUUUUUUUUUUCUCGAGAAACUGACAGAAAAUAAGAAACCCAGACCCAAAAAAUUUCCAAAACCAUGAGGUCCUUGUAUUCUACUCUACCAACUACUACACUUAUCCCAAACAGUAAUCCUCAUACAUCACUCUCAGCUACCUCUCCCGUCCUCUACUUCCCUCUCUCACUUCAACCAAUUCAGCCUCUUAGGCAUUCACUUACUGUUCUAAAAUCACGGUCUCAUCCAAACCCAAUAACCAAUGGGUAUGAAGAUGAAGAAGAAGAAGAAGACCCAGAUGGCCAAAAUGCUCAAGUUGAAGACUUGAGGGUCCCAGACCAUUGGUUGGACCCCUCCAAGGCUUUGGAGCAUCUAUUUCAGGAAUCAGAGUGGCUCAGGAUUACCCUGCAUAAAUGGUUGGAUGAUGAGUAUUGUCCAGAAGAAACCAAUGUGGAAAUCAGCAAGGUUGCUGCCAAUUCAUACUACAAAUCUUUGCUAGAGAAACAAACAGACCUGGGCGAGAUUUUGUUGAAGAUGGCUCGAGAGUUACAAUCAAUCUCAUACCAAGAAAGUUUUCAUGGGGCAUUCUCCUCAGCAAACGCAGCAGUGAACUUAAUUGCCCAACGUAUAGAACAGGUCUAGUUGUUUAACCAGUUGGGUUCUGAACAUAACUAACUUCUGUUUAAUUGGAAAAAUUAUUUGUGCCUUCACUUAUGAAGUUGAUUUUGUGCCUUCA